AUGAGGCCGCCCACCAUCAGGCUCGAGCUUUCGCCUUCCGAGCCCACGGCCCAACCCACGUCGGAACAGGGAAUGGAAUGGAUCUACUGUUUGAACAUCCUGCACGGCUUGGCAGCUCUGCCGUUCAUCUACCUGUCCUCCUUCUUAUUUUCCCAGCCUGGCGUUGGAUUCUCUACGAUGGCAAUCUUGACAUUCAUUAUCUCUUUACUGGGCUGCAUGGCAUCGGUGUUUAUAGAGCACUACGCACUCACCAUGGAGAGCUCCCCGCUGAUUGCGCUAGUGGAAAUAGCGCUGCAAGUUCUGCGCCUGCUGCCUUCCUUCUCCUAUUCGCGGGGCCAGACGAAGCUCUUGCAGCUGGCCAAUGAGAACUUCAUCUGCCGCAUCGGCGGACAAGUGCUCGAGGCCGCCUGUUUCGCCAAGACCGGCGAAGCGAAGCUUUCGCUCAAACAGUGCUGUGCACAUAUCAACGACCCCGAUCCAGCGAAGUACGCAAUCAAUCCAGUGGACCCUCAUAAUUAUUCUGCCUGCUACGAGAUGCUCACUCUCGCUAUCGAAGGUCCUGUGCUUUUUGUGUUGCUCAUAUGCCUCGACCGCUUCUGGCUCCGCCGGCUCGACCAACGUUUGAGCGAACCCGACUCUGAACAGCAGCUCAUGAUGAAAGACCAGCCUGGUGCUCAAGGCCUCGGCGCAAACGUGGGCGGCACGAAGGCUGCCAAACGCUACGACACAGAUGUGCUUCAGGAGGAUAAACUGGUCACUGGGCUGCUCUACGAGCGCAUGCCGCCACCACAAGGCGUCAGUCCAGCAAUGAUAGUCUGUCGCUUGCAGAAGUCGUACGGCUAUGUCGACACCAACGUGGUGCUGAAGGGCUUAAGCUUCACCGUGAGACCCGCCGAGUGCUUCGGCCUCCUCGGUGUGAACGGCGCCGGCAAAACGACCACGUUCAGGAUACUCACGGGCGAGAUACUGCCGCACGAUGGCGAUGCCUUCGUUAACGGAUUCUCAGUCGUUCGCGAGCGGUCCCAGUUCCAUCGCUACCUGGGCUACUGUCCGCAGCGCGAAGGCCUUCUGGACAUGCUGACCGGCCUAGAGACCCUGCUGCUGUACACCCGACUGCGCGGCAUACAGCUCACCGAGCAGUACCUUCACACACUGCUCUCCAUUUUUAACCUCGAAGAUAUCGCCGAUCAGCUUGUGGCACAGUACAGUGCCGGCAAUCGGCGCAAGCUCUCCAUGUGCGUCUCAAUGAUCGGCAUGCCCAACGUACUUCUUCUGGACGAGCCGUACGCCGGUGUCGGGACCACAUCGCGGAAGCGCAUCGUGCAUUACCUCAGCGCCCUGCAGCGCGUGGCGAAGAUCUCCGUCGUGCUGACCUCGCACAGCCUUUCCGACGUCGAGUUCUUGUGCAACCGCAUCGCCAUCUUGGGAGAUGGAAGGCUACAAUGCCUCGGCUCGUUUUCGCACCUAAAGGACAAAUUUGGGAAGGGCUACACCAUCACGGUGAAGACGUAUCCGGACAGAAAGCAAGACAUCGUCUACCACCAAGAAGUUGCACGUGAAGUGGUCAAGAUCUUCGACGAAGCGGAGCUCGUGCAUAGCUUCGAGGGACUGCUCGAGUUCCGGAUGUCCCGAAUCCAAAUGCAGUGGAGCCAAAUGUUCGCGCGCAUGGCACGGAUCAAGAAGAAAUUCAAGUUGCAGGACUUCUUCAUCACGGACACGUCGCUGGAGCAGAUCUUUCUCAGCGUGGUCCGGAAGGAGGCCAGCGAGGCCGCCGCCAAGGCAGCCGCGCCACCUGUUUCGUCAAAUCCCCUCGCAACCACGCUCGGCAUAUUAUGA